AUGGGCGAAUCCAACAAGAAACGUCGUCUUUCAGGCGAUGGAUAUGACCAGGAAAAAGUCAUUGAAAUCGAUACCCCUCAAAAUGACACGGCCGAAGCAUCGACGUCGCGCCAGCCCAAAAGAACGCUUUUUGUUCGAUCGUUGCCCUCCUCUGCUACGACCGAGAGUCUUGCGGAACACUUCUCCCAAUCCUACGUGAUCAAGCACGCUGUUGUUGUCAGCGAUCCCCAAACCAAACAGUCCAAGGGAUACGGUUUCGUGACCUUUGCCGACCUCGAGGAUGCGCAGAGCGCGCUGGAAGAGCUCAACGGAUCCGAGUUCGACGGAAAGAAAAUUCGAGUCGACUACGCCGAGUCCCGCCACCGUGAGAUUGAUGAAAGGCACGGGAAGAGUGUGCCCUCCGCCGAGGCUCUCAAGUCAAAGCAGGAGCGGGAAGACCAGAAAGCCCAGAACCAACCGCCCAAGUUAAUCGUGCGCAAUUUGCCAUGGAGCAUCAAAGAGCCGGAUGACCUGGCGCUUUUGUUUCGCAGCUUCGGGAAGGUUAAGCAUACCGCUCUUCCAAAGAAAGGGAAUAAACUGGCCGGGUUUGGCUUCGUUAUCCUGAGAGGCAAGAAGAAUGCCGAAAAGGCCCUGCAAGCAGUCAAUGGAAAGGAGGUGGACGGGCGCACCUUGGCUGUUGACUGGGCCGUGGAUAAGGAAGCAUGGGAAACUGCCAAGAAGGAUGAUGCCGAAGAAGAGCAACCGGAUGAAGAAGAGCCCGCGGAUGUGGACAUGGAGCACGAGGGCUCGGUGGAAGAAACCUCUGAUGACGAUGCCUCGGAGGACGAGGACGAAGACAUGGAAGAUUUGGACGAGGAUUUGGAAGACGAUGACGAAGAAGAAAAGGAGGACGAUCGAACAUCAUCUACGAUUUUCCUGCGCAACUUACCUUUUACCUGCACGGACGAAGAUCUCUAUGAACACUUCACUCAGUUCGGGCCACUGCGCUAUGCCCGUGUGGUGCUGGAUCACGAGACUGAACGCCCUCGAGGCACCGGGUUUGUGUGUUUCUGGAAGCCCGAGGACGCAACCACAUGCGUGCGCGACGCUCCCAAGGACACCAACCCGGUGGCCCCGAACAAGGAUAAAUCCAAGUCUAAUCCUGCAGUCAAGCAUUCUGUGUUGCAAAACGAAAACUCCGACCCCAGUGGUCGAUACACCAUGGACGGGCGGGUGCUCCAGGUUGCGCGAGCCGUGAGCAAAACCCAAGCCACAAAACUGGAAGAGGAAGGAGUUUCACGCCGCAUGAAACUGUCCCCCUCCGAGAUCAAGAUGCGCGAGGACAGUUUCAAGCAGCGCGAGACGUUUAUCAAGAAGAACCCGACCCUCCAUCUGAGUCUUACGCGACUUGCGAUUCGCAAUAUCCCGCGCCAUAUCACGUCCAAGGACUUGAAACAGCUCGCCCGCCAGGCCGUCGUUGGAUUCGCCACGGACGCAAAGAAGGGUCUGCGCCAGCCUCUUUCCAAGGAAGAGCAGCAGCGAUCCGCCGAAACCAUGAAGGAACUGGACCAUCAACGGAAACAGAAGGGUCAGGGUAUUGUGCGCCAGGCCAAGGUUGUCUUUGAGACCCGCGAGGGUACCAAGGUCACCGAAAAGAGCGGCGCAGGCCGAAGCCGAGGCUACGGGUUCAUCGAAUACUACACUCAUCGACAUGCGCUCAUGGGCCUGCGGUGGCUCAACUGUCAUGCCAUUGAGGUCAAGGCGACCCCCGGAGACGAUGAGAAAGACAAGGACAAGAAGAAGCGGUUGAUUGUCGAGUUUGCCAUUGAGAACGCGCAGGUCGUCAAGCGCCGCAGCGAACUACAGGCCAAGUCCCGCGAGGAACCCAAGGGCGGCCGGCAAAAGAAAUCGCAGGAUGAUGCUCCGGCGGAUAAGGGGAAGAAGCGGAAGCGCUCUGAAAGCCGCGGCAAGGGCAAGGAUGCAGAGGGUGAGGGCGACACGGAGGAGAAUAAGAUUGCCAAGCGGAAUCGUAUCAUCGCCAGGAAACGGAUGCAACGGCGCAAGAACAAGUCUUGA